UUAGCAACAAAUACGUCAGGACGUGUUUUAAAUGGUAUAUCUUGUAAAAUUAGUUAAGAAACAAAGAUUUAAUUAGUAUAAUAAUGGCAAAACGAUUUACAAAACCUUCAAUCAAUUGGCUAGAGAUUGAGAAAAGAUGUCCACCUAACCAGAUAAACAAUUACAAGGCAUUUAGGGCAAAAUCCGCUGUUUAUUUGCAAAGAGUGGAGGCAAACCCUAGUGUGAUGCCAACUAUCGAUUGGGAAGCAUAUAAGAAGUUACUUCCUGAGUCUGAUAUUGUGGAGAAAUUCAAGUCUGAGUUAGAGAAGUUUAAGGUUCCGUAUCCAAGCGAUGAUGUGACUAAACAGAUUGACGAGCAAUGGAAGACUAUAGAAAAAGAUAUAGAGAAGUUCUGCGCUGGACAAAACAAACAUAUCGAUGCCGCAACUGUAGAAUUGACAAGAAUACGUAGUCUUCCGAAAUUUGAAGAUAUGACUAUGGAAAUGUUUUUCCAUUUGUACCCAGAACAGGCGUUAGAUCCUGUGAAUAAACCUACGUACUGGCCCCACUACCCAGAGGAUCAACCUGGAUAUGUGGCUCCUGAAGAAAAAGCCAAGAAAGCAACGAAGAAAUAAUAAAAAAAUGUUAUGAAAAACUUUGAAGAAUAUUUAAAUAUACGAGAAUAAUAAAACA